AUGAGGUUGGCUGCAGGAAAUGGGACAAAACACUUCUGCUUUUACUACGAUGUACCCCAGGCCAAGCUCCCCCGUCAUCUCCAGUCAUGUCACAAGGAAGAAAGAGAAGUCAUCAAGAUCGCCUGUGAGCCCAACGCUAGUGUGCGGCACGAUGUAGAUCAGCAUGGCUACAUCCGUAACAGGUUUCAUGAAUUAGGUCGACUCGUCAUACAACUCCGAAAGAACACCCAGCAACCAAAUGCAUCACUCGAAUCAUUUGUCCAUCUGCACCACCUUUCUGAUAUUGUGAAGGCCGUGCACGAUAUUGCCGGCUUCAGGGAAGACAAACAGUUGUACGAUGUUCCGUCACUAGCGCUGAAGAUUGGUUAUUCCGUCAAGAAGUGUGCACUCGUCUUGAAAGGAAUUGCCCUAGAGUCCGGCCAAAAACACAAAGCGACAUGUGCGGAAGAGUUUCUGCAGUUGUGUGAACUGAAGUGGAAAGACCUUGUGUCCACACAUGCACACAGAACACUAUACCAAGGAAAAUGCAACAAAGUCGCCAUUCUCCCGACAAAUGCGGAUGUAGUCCACCUGUCGUUGUUCCUUCAUGAAGCUGGCAACCGGGAACUUCAACUCCUCCAGGGUGCUCGGGGCAGACAAAUCAGGCCAGUUUGGCAGAAAUUGAAUGAGGUCAGUCUGUGCUACCUUAUCAUGUUCAACCGAAGAAGGCAGGGGGAGAUUUCAAAGAUGAAACUUGAAGAUUUCCACAAGCACAGCACCACCAAACUGGAGGGGGAAUGCCUGUUGAGUGAUUUAGAAUGCCAGCUGUGCAAGAUGUUCCGUGUUUUCAAAAUAGUUGGCAAGAGAGGCAAAACUGUUCCCGUGCUUCUAAGCAAUGAGGCAGUAGCAUGGUUGAAUGCCCUUGUCGCCACGAGACAUGAAGCUGGAGUAGCCCAAGACAAUGACUUCUUGUGCGCAUGGUGUUGUUAUGACGGGAGAGGCCACAUUCGAGGGAGUCACUGUUUAAGAGCAUAUGCAGCUAAGGUUGGUCUUGACAAUGCAUCCAGCAUCCGGUCCACCAAACUCUGUAAACAUGUAGCAACUGCAUCGCAAAUUCUUGCAUUAAAGGAACAUCAGCUUGAAACUCUAGCCAACUACAUGGGCCACGAUCUGCGGGUACAUCGCGAAUACUACCAGUUGCCAGAUCGUGUACAGCGGGACACCAAACUGUCUUGACUUUUCCCGAGUUUGGAGAUGGGCAACCUGUCUUCCCAGCGCGGCAAAUCCUUGGACGAUCUGCAUGUAACUAGAGAAGGCUUCACCAGUGAAGAGGACAGCAGCGACAGUGUGGAAAGCAGUGACAGCAGUGAAGACUCCUGCAAUGAAUCCAUCGAAAACGGACAGCUUACUGGUGUUGCUGCUGCAUCACGAAGAAGGGAACCCUCUCCACCAUCGAGAUGAGUGAAGUGCCGUCCCUGGACUACAGCAGAGAAGACAGACGUCCAAGAAGGCCUGCGCAAAUUCUUCCAGUUGAGGAAAGUUCCUGGCAAGCUGGACACCGAAGCAGCUUACACUGUGGCGCUGCAGACCUGCACUUUGAGAAACAUCAAAGACUUUUGUCGUAACACAAUGAAGUUGUAGCCACACCAGCCUUUCUCUUGAGACAUCAUACCAUAUUGAUGAUGACCCAAUAGUAGUAGGGCAAUAACGCAACCUAUUUUUAGUAUGUGUUGUAUGUGUUGUCCUCGGUGUUAUAGGUUGCACUCAUAUGGACGAGAAGUCCUCCGUCUGAUAGUUUGGAAAGUAUGCCCUCCAUCCGCAUUGUUUACAUGUAUGUGUGUCUGUGUGUAUGCAUGUAUGUAUGUAGUGUUUCCUGUGACAGAAAUUGGGUUCUAUUUUAUAUUAUGCUUGAAAGAAGCCAAACAAGUCCAGAAUUGUAGGACUUUGAUUUGUAUCUCACUAAGACCUCCCAAAUCUCUCUGGAGGCAGAAAUAGCAGAUACCUGGAGUAUAUACUUUAGAAACAUUUAGUAAAUUUAUUAAGUUUUCAGAAGUAAAUGCUAGAUUUUAAUUGCGUGUUUAACAGAGAGUUGAAAUUAAGAAAUGCGAGAUUAUCAAGUUGAUUAGACUAAUUACUCAAAUGUUGUUGGUAUUUCAAAAUACCAUUUUGAAGAGUGUGUAAUUUAGUAUUCUCUCACUUUCUCUAAACUGUUUGGAAAUAUGAAUUUGUUUUCCUUCGCCACUUUUCUUAGAAAACUUUGUAGAGUUUGACUCUGCAUUUUUAAGUUGCUGUGGAGCCUAGUACCUCAGUACGUUGGACCAUACUUGGCCCUAGGAUGAGUCAUCCAUUCCAGGAACAGGCAAUGGUAUGGGUGCCACCAACCUACUUAGGGAUCCUGCAUAACAAAUUUGCAUAACGAUUUCAAGGAUGACUGCAUUCUGGGUGCUUGUUGGCAGCCACAGCAUGCCGACAGAAUCACAGACACUCAUCUGGUAUCGGCAAUUUUCACUAUUAAAAGGCUUUGACUUAAACAGGUUAAACAAAAACGUGGAGUUGUCACAAUAGUCCACUUACAAGAAGGCUUUUGGCUCAAGAGUUGAUACAGAAGGCCCACUCUCCAAACUUUUUCUGUUACUGUUUAUUAUUUCUGUAUUCAUAAAGGAGGCCUGCCGCCUGGCAUGUGUGUACAUUUUUUACGGCCCUCCCAGCUUAUCGAACCACAGUCAUCAACCCCCCCUCCUGAUCCUCCAUGCUCAACUGUCGACAUACCAAUUGCCGAGACAUAAAAAAAAAAAAACUAGAAACCAAUCAAAAUAUCAGUUGAACAUAUUCUUAAUUAUCAUUGGUCGUAAAAGUUGAAGCCAGAUACCCCUAUUAUCAGGUAAUUUAAGGAAGUGUUAGUCAUUGGCCGGAAACAAAACUCUGCGGUCACAAUGACAUCAAUUAUUACCUUCCCUUACUGUGGUUGGCACUUUUGACAAACAGGUAGAGAGGAGACAAACCAGUUAAAUUACCAGAGGGCCCCGAAUCAUUGGGUAUUAGUUUUGGCCAUGCUGAAAUUAAUUCCUCAGCCUCGGAAUAUUUUUCCCAGGCUCGAUUUUCUUUCUAGCCUUGGAAUGUUUUCUCACACUUUAAGAAACUCAGAUUUGCUUUUCUGGGACUCAAAAUACUUUCCAAAGAAAGAAUGUUUUCUCACACUUUAAAAAACUCAGAUUAGUUUUUCUUGGACUCAAAAUACUUUCCAAAGACUCAGAAUAUUCUAUCUCAGACCUGGGAAUA